AUGGCAGUUUUUGAAUGCCUGGAACGAAAUUUUCAUAGUGAUUUAGGAUUAAGUAAAUCUGCUACAGAAGCUGAAGAUACUUCAGACAUUUAUAGCUUUGGUAUGGUUAUGUGGGAAUAUAUGACAGGUAGAAGACCUUUUUGGGAUCGUGCUCAUGAUACUGAGCUGAUUAUUGAUAUUUGUGAUAGGUUGCGUCCUCCAACAGAUGACAUAAUAGCACCUAAUGGUUAUAUUGAGCUAAUGAAAGAAUGCUGGGACCCUAACCCAAAUAAAAGGCCAACAGCCAAAGAUAGUAACAUUGGAUCUAAAAUUUAUGACAUUCUACAAACUGAAACCAAACAAUUAUUAGCCAAGAAAGACAAAUCCGUAGUAAAAGCAUGA